AUGACUGUUUUUGACAGCGUCGACAAGAAUAUCAAACUUGAUGAACUAAAAUCGCAGAAUAUUGAAAGCAAAUUUAGUAAUGACUUAUUAGCCAACGCAACUGCCAAUAAUAAUAAUGACAAGUUCGAUGAAACAAAAUCAAAGAUAAUUGAAAAUGUAGCUACUACUGUUGAUGGUAUAUCGAGCAAGAAAACAGUUGAUGAUCCUGAUGAUAAAAAACUUCUACGUAAACUUGAUCUUCAUGUCAUUCCUGGUAUGACAUUACUCUACUUGCUCAAUUAUCUCGAUCGAGUCAAUAUUGGUCAAGCCAAAUUAAAUGGCAUUACAACUUCAUUGAAUCUUUCAAGUGCUCAAUAUAAUGCUUGUUUAAGUGUAGUCUAUGUUACAUAUGUUGCCUUUGAAGUUCCUUCAAAUUUGAUUCUUAAAAAACUUCGACCCAGUCGAUGGAUACCACUUAUUAUGGUUACAUGGGGAAUUGUGACAACUCUUACAGGUCUUGUUAAUUCCUAUGGUAGUCUUCUCGCUUGUCGACUUCUAUUGGGUGCUCCCGAAGCGGGACUAUUUCCAGGUGCUACCUAUUAUCUAUCGAGCUGGUAUAAAAGGCGUGAACUUUCAUGGCGUGUCAGUAUUCUUUUCUCUGCGGCUACACUAGCUGGCACCUUUGGUGGUAUACUCGCCUAUGGAAUCAAUCAUAUGAAUGGUUUGGGUGGUCAAGAAGGUUGGCGUUGGAUAUUUUAUACAGAAGGCAUAGUCACAGUCGUCGUUGGAGUACUUGCCUUUUUUUUUAUUAAUGACUUUCCAUCGGAUCGGCCUAAAUUUCUCACGGAAUCCGAGUGUAAUCGUGUACUUGUUCGUCUACGAACAGAUGCUGGACCUGGUGGCGCUGAACAUUUCAGUUGGAAACAAGUUGUGUCGGCAUUCUUAGGUUGGAAAUUGUAUAUUUGGUCAUUGAAUUAUCUCGGUAUUCUUGUACCACUACUUUCUCUUUCUCUCUUCUUGCCAACCAUUGUUCAACAUCUAGGCUUUGUUAGCUACAAAGCUCAACUUCUUACUGCUCCACCAUAUGCUUUUGCUUUUAUUACAACGGUGACAACAGCUUAUUUUUCUGAUAAAUAUGCUCGACGUGGUAUCUUUAUUCUAUUCUGGUUACUAAUAACUAUGAUUGGUUAUCUAAUUCUUAUUUUCGUAGACAAUUUGGGUGCAAAAUAUUUUGCCGUCUUUCUAGCAGCUGGUGGCAUUCCACCGUGUGUAGCUACAUGUAUUGCCUUUAUUUCAGGUAAUACUAGUCCUCAAACGAAACGUGCGACGUCAUUGGCAUUCAUGAUAUCCGUGGGUAACUGUGGAGGAAUUAUAAGUGGUCAAAUUUAUCGAUCUCAAGAUGCACCUCGUUUUAUUUUAGGCCAUGCUAUCAAUCUUGGCUUUUGUAUACUAGCUAUUAUUUGCACUAGUAUUCUUAUGAUUGGUCUGCGACUAGAGAAUCGUCGACGUGAUCGCUUGUAUGGUCCUAGUACGAAUAUUGUAACAACACAUACAAAUACUACCGUAGACAUGUUCGGAUUGGGUAGUGCAGAAGACAGACGACGAUGGGGCUAUGAGAACAUGUCCGAACAAGAAAUUCGUGAUUUAGGUGAUAAACAUGCUGCUUGGCGUUAUAUUUUAUAA